UUCUUCCUAAGGGAAGCAGUUGCUUCCUCAUACAACCACAGCCUUAGGCCAGCCACAUUGCUGGAAAUUGUCUCCUUUGCUCCCACUACUCAGGUUCCUGAGGUCUUUCCAGCUCUUGCUCUUCUUCCCACCCACCCUCUGAGCUCUUGGGCUAAAUUCCAACACUUUAUUAUUAUUUUUCAUUCCAGGGCUGCCUUCUAUGUUGUCACCAGAUAAUACAGUUCAGGCUAGACAAUUCUCUCAUGCCAAUAAAGUGCAGUAACUGUGUCUUCAAGAAGGAUGUAUUAUUGAUGGUAUAUUGAUGAUGUUCAUCUCCACAGAUGUUGAGAGCUGAUUUCUGAGACAGAAGAAGGACUCGUACCUAAUCAAAAGUGAAGAAGCAUUAAAAGGAGAAGAUUUCACAGUGAGAUUCUCAGAGGUGGCAAGAUGAAAAAAAGUUUCCGCAAUUCCUCCAGCACAUUGUCCUAUAAUGUAAAUCACUCCUGGGCUAUAAAUUUUGGAGGUAUAUUAUUCAGCCACUCAAAGGAUCUCCCCAAAAUUGUAUUGGGAUUAUGUGUUGUGACUAUACUUGGAGCGCUUUUGAAGGUCAAAAUGAAAGAUUCACACUUUCCUCUCCCACUAAUCCUGUUUUUCAUAGGAUGUUCUUUUGAAAUCCUAAGCUUUGCAUCUUAUCAGGUGAAACAAUAUGCAGAGAUGUUACAAUGGAUGGAUCCUGUCAUAUUUAUUAAUUUGUUUACUCCAAUAAUUAUAUUUUCAGUUUCAUUUGACAUAGAUUUUUAUAUGCUUCAAAAACUAUUUUGGCAGAUAAUAUUUCUUACAGUCCCAGGCUUUUUCCUGAAUUACGCCUUAGUUGACUGGUACCUGUUCUCUGUGAAUAAGCUACUUUUGAAAGGCAUUACACGGAUGCUGUUUGCAAUCAUCAUUGUUUGUACAGAUCCCAUGCUCACUACGACUGCUAUCAAGAAUCUCGGUCUUUCGAAGGGCCUCACACACUUAAUUAAAGGUGAAUGCGUAUUCAUGGCUGCUUUAGCUGAAAAUACUUUCAAGAUCACUUUACAGAUUGCCAACAAUCAUCAUAAAGAGAUUUCUACAAAGUUAGGUAUUAUUAUUUUGAGUGACAUUCUGAUAAAAUUUGUUGGAAGUUCUCUUUUUGGAUUUGUAAUGUACAAAGCUUUCCAAUUAUGGCUGAGGAAUAUAUUUUCUGAUGAUAUCACUGAAGGAAUGCUCAGUUUUUCAUUAAUAUACAUCAGUUUUUAUGUGGCUGAAUGGAGUGGAAUGUCGGGAAUUAUUACUUUGACUGUGUUGGCUCUUCUUUUAAAUUCCACAAGCUUUAAACCAGGAGCUCAGCUAUUCCUUUUCAAAUUCUGGAAAAGUCUCAAAUUUUUUGCUUAUCUGAUGAUAUUUACCCUGAUUGGACUGAUGAUCCCAGCACAUACAUACUUAUAUUUAUCGUUUUCGGAUAUAUAUUACGCAGUACACUUCUACUUCACACUGAUUGUCAUCAGAAUUCUGGUCUUUUUGAUAAUGAGCCCCAUUUUAUCUCGUCUUGGCUAUGGAUUUACCUGGCGCUGGGCAUUUACAAUUGUCUGGAGUGAAAUGAGGGGGCUACUUAACAUAAACAUGGCUCUAAUGUUUUCUUACACUGACAAUGCCUUGGGAACAGAGGGAGAAAAAUCUCAGAUAUUACUUCAUGGAGUAACAAUAUGUUUAAUAACUUUGAUGAUCAAUUCAAUCACAUUACCGCGGGCAGUUAUCCAAUUAGGUCUCCGUGACAUUACAUUAACACAACGCAAGUCACUCUAUUACACAGUUCAGCAUUUUCAAGGAAUAAUCAAGGCUUCAGCUUCUGCAUUAAGAUUUGACAGAGAUCUUGCCAAUGCAGAUUGGAAUUUAGUUGACAAAAAAAUCAUGUUUACAAAUCCAUAUAAGUUGAAGCCAGAAGAAGAAAGACAGAACCUCAAAUGUCCAGAUUGUAACAAGGAAAUAAGAGAGGCCAGCAUUAAUACUGAAAUCAUGGAACUGGCAAGAAUACGUCUCUUAUCGGCACAAAUAGCAAGCUAUGAGAGGCAAUACAUACAUGAGAUUUUGUCCCAAAGUGCAGUCAAAGUUUUAGUAGGUGCUGCAGGGAGUUUUGGCGAUAAAAAGGGAGAAUUUAUGAGUUUUCAGACAAUACGGGCUUAUGCUGAAAAAAAGAAAUUCUUUAAUUUUGUGAGGAAAAUAUUACUUAAUUGGGUUUAUAACACUAGAAAAGAAAAAGGAGUGCCAUCAAAAAAUCCAGUUCUCUUAUUUUGUCAUAAGAUUGUAUUUAAUGAUGAAUUUGAAUCCAGUGUAUAUCUUAUAAUCAUAUUGAAUAUGGCUCCUCUUCUAAUUUCUUGGAUACCCCAGUUAUAUGUGAUUUACGAGAAAGAAGCCAGGACUGUAAACCACAUGUUCCUUUCGUUUUACAUAAUAGAAAGCAUACUUAAGUUAGCAGCAAUGAGAAAGGGAUAUUUCCAACACAACUGGAACCUCUUUGAGUUACUAAUCAUAGUACUUGGCAUCAUUGAAGAAAUACUGAUGGUGACAGAUGCUUUUAAGAAUUCUAUCUAUGUAUUUCAAGCUUUGAUCGUUCUAAAAAUUUCAAAUUUACUACGUGUCUUUCGCAUAUUAAAGCUCAUAACACCAGUGCUACUUCAAGUAAUAGAUAGAAGAAUGACACAUCAAUUGUCCUUUAGAUACGCCAUUUUAAAAGGAUAUGUCCAAGGUGAAGCAGAUAUAGCAUGUCUAAUCGACAAAAUUUCUAGUAGUAAAUUAGUUGCUGAGGAAUUACGUAAGCGUGUCUCCAUGAACGCAGAACGUGCUAUGAAAGAGCUAGGCUAUUUAGAGUAUGAUCAUCCAGAUAUUGCCAUCACUAUGAAAACCAAGGAGGAAAUUAACAGUUUGCUUGGAAUGGCUUCAGAGAUUCUUAAGAACUUAAAGUCAAAAGGAAUAAUUAAUAAAGCUGAAGUUGCUGAAAUACACAAGAUAAUUAUGGCCAAAAGAAAACAUGUGUUCGAUUUUGAACCUGUUAUCAAACUUCCUUCUCUUGAUGAAGUAUUAUACCAUAUUUCAUGGUUAAAUAAAUCAAAAUUCCACAUAAAUUUCAUUAAGAAAAAAGUCAAAAUUUUGACCUUUGAUUGUGGAAAUAAUAUAUUUGAAGAAGGUGAUAGUCCAAGAGGAAUAUUUGUGAUUCACUCUGGCAUGAUAAAGCGACAUAGUUCCAAACCUUAUUUAGGACUUGACCAACAACUCUUGGAGACAAAAGAAAAAGAGAAAACAGUUUAUGCAGACUACCUCCUCAGUGGGGCAAUUAUAGGAGAACUGAACUGCUUGACUGAGAAGCCCAUGACAUUUACUGCCACCUGUAAAACUGUAGUAGAGACCUAUUUCAUCAACAAAAGAGAUAUCUAUGAUAUAUUUAAUAAUUGCUGUCCUUCCAUAGAAUACAAAAUGUGGCUCAAGUUGGCACUUGCUAUUGGUGCUAAAAAAGUCAAGGAAAUUUUGGCUUAUGAGGAUUGGACAUACAACCUACAGUUACAACUUUGUAACGUGUAUGUGAGAGAUGUACUAUUAGGUUACAAAGUUGAUAUUUAUGAUGAAACUGUGAGCUAUGUUAUUCUUGUAUAUGGAAGUGUAGAAGACUGCCAGUUACAGAAGACUUACUUUGCACCUGAACUAAUUCCUAAAACAUGUCAUCAGAUAAAAGGCACUGCAAGAAUAACAAAAAUAUUAGUGAUUCAGACAUCAAUUGAUCUAAAGAAAUGCAGAAGCAACACUGCAAGAUAUGUCCCUGUUUGCAAACAUAUUAGAGCAGGAUCUAAACAUAAAAUGGACUUCUGGUUAGAUGACAGAUUUGGAGACGAUACAACUGCAGGAAAAGCUGUGAAUGCACAGAAAAAUAGUGAAAAUUUCACAGUGAGCUUGGAAUCACUUGGUGCUUUCUGAUUGCCUAGAAUCAUCUGCUUAGAAGAGAAAGAUUGGUUGACAAGGCUCCUUCCUUCCUUCCUUCCUUGAAGCAUCCACUUUUAUGUAUGUGUACAUGCUGUUUCCUGCUUUUGGUUUUUGGCUGUUGCCCUAUUGUGGAUAAAUGAAGAUGCAAAACUUCAAGAAUUCUACCAUGACAAUCUUCACCAAUGACUUCAGUAAAACCUGGAUUAGAUUUGCAAUAUUUUUCUUUUUUUUAGGAAUUCCUCAUAUCUAAAUUAAUGCAUUGUUCUAAGAUCUUAGUGUAAAUUUCUGGUAUAUUUUCUUACUCAUACAGAUAUGAAAUAAGCUUAUUCCACAUAGUUAAUAUACUAAUGUUAGAGUUUAAAUAACUAAUGCUAUAUUUAAAAAUUAAAACAUCAACAUAUUACAUUUAGAAUAUCACUGCUGGACAAAAUGUCUUAAUUACUUUGGUUUGUGCUGUCUAUGUGUUUUUCCAAAUGUGCAUUUCAUUCAAGGUGUUAAAGUAUUUUUGUUUUUUUCUUCA